ACAUUAUUACCACUGUCGCACUGUCACUAGAUAUUUGUAGAGGCACGUUUUUAUUAAAAUUAAAAUGGCAAUUGAAACUGAAACACAGGACAAACCGAAAAAAAUAAAAUCAAACAAGAAAAAUAAACAAAGGAAAGAUAUUGUCAGUUUUGAAGAUGAGGUAAUAAACAAAGAUAGAGCUACAGAAGUGUUAACAAAAAUUAAAUCAGAGGAAAGUAUUGUUGAAAAUGAAGAUAUAUUCCAAGACAAAACUAUAAAAGGUAAGAAAAAGAAAAAUAAAACAAAAGUUCAGAUAGAAGAUCAUAGUAUACACGAUGAUUCCGAACAGUUGAAUGUUGUAUCAGAAGGUUCUGACAAAAUAUCCAAGAAGAAAAAGAAAAAUAAAAGAAAAGUUCAGGUAGAAGGUGACAGUGUACAAGAUGAUUCUGAACAGUUGAAUACUGCGUCAAAAGCUUCUAAAAAGAAAACGAAAGCAGUUAAUAAUGAAAUAAGCGAUGUUAAUCAAGAUACAGACAAAAUAUCCAUGAAGAAAAACAAAGACAAUUCCAAUGAGGUGAAAGAAGAAGAUACUACCAAUACAUUAGAAAAUUCUACAGAAAAUACAGAAUCUAAAAGAGCUAAGAGGCGAAAAAAACAUCUGGAGUUACAAGUUGCUAAAAAAUUGAAAGCCACACUAGUCACACAAGAAAAUUGUCUUAAUUAUCUGUCAAAAUGGAAGCAUAGCAGAAGUGAGUGGAAAUUUGAGAAAUUGAAACAGAUAUGGCUCUCAAACAAUCUGUUUGAUUCUGCAAAGAUUCCUGAAGAGUUUUGGGCAACAACAUUAGAAUACUUUACACAAUCUAGGGGAUUCGUUAGAAAGGUAAUAUUAAGAGAUGCUCUAAAGUUAAUUGAAAAUGAUAAAGCAGAUGAGGACAAUCCAGACGAGGAAUAUCAAAGCAAGUUAAAGAGAGCACGUGAUAUUGUACAGAGUUUACAAGAAUAAAUAUUUUAGAUCAA